AUGGCAAUACAACAAAUGCAAAAUCAACAAAAGGCCACCAAGCCAGAUCCUCCAACGAUAGGAGAACUAAAAAACACAAGUGUUGUUGAGGGGUCUCCGUUGACUGUUUUUUGUCCUGUCACUGCUGGUAAUCCUUCUCAAACUACCUAUGAAUGGAUGAGAAAUGGUAAAGUAUGGAAGAGAACUCAAACAUUUACAAUAGAUACAACCUCAAGGAAUGAUGCAAUGUUCUACACAUGUAAAGUUUCCAACAGAAUGGUACAAACUGGAGAAGAACCUGUUUCUCAACCAGACACAAAAGCUUUCUAUCUGAAUGUUUGGUACAAAGCGUCAGUUAAAGAAUUCUUUAUUUUUGGACAUAAAGGAGAAACGAGCAUUGUCAUGAAUGAAAAUGAUACAGUUCCAUUUGUAUGUAACGUGGAUAGCAAUCCAGGAUCUAAUAUCUCUGUUGAUUAUAAGAAAAAUGUAUUAAAGUCGCAAACUGAUACAAAAUCACUGGCCUACUCUAUUGAAUCAGCAUCUUGUACUGACAGAGGCGAAUACAACUGUGUAGGAUUUAAUAAACACAACGAAAAUCAUUCUUCCAAACUUCUAAAUCUGCUUGUUAAUUGCUCUCCACGUCCAUCACCAUCGGUUACAUUGAAGCAGAAUGUAACAAGUGCACAGCAUAUACCAGCAGUUUUAACUUUUACAACACUGGCUUAUCCUGACCCCAACAAUGAUGCCUUUAAGUGGUACAGAUUUGAUAGCAAUGAUUGGCAGUUACUAUCAAAUAGUGGAGAAUUUCAGAUAGAAACAUCAAACCCACAGACAAACCUUACAGUCAAGGAAGUAAAUCGGACUUAUUAUGGAAUGUACAAGCUGGAAAUUAGCAAUAGUAUUGGAAACUACAGUCAGCUAUUCUACCUUGAAGCAGAAGCCAAAGACAUUCCAUCUCCAACAAAUCUUGGAUUAAUAUUAGGUGUGGUGUGUGGUGUUGUUGCCAUAACUGUACUCGGUUUUCUUGGAUUUUUAUUAGCACGAAAACUCAGAAGUGGAAAAG